AUGAGAAAGAUGUCAGACGAAGAGUUUUAUCUGUUCAAAAAUAUCUCUUCAGUGGGGCCGUGGGAUGGGCCUCAGUACCACAUUGCCCCUGUCUGGGCCUUCUACCUCCAGGCAGCUUUCAUGGGCACUGUCUUCCUUGUAGGGUUACCACUCAAUGCCAUGGUGCUGGUGGCCACACUGCGCUACAAAAAGUUGCGGCAGCCCCUUAACUACAUUCUGGUCAACGUGUCCUUCGGAGGCUUCCUCCUCUGCAUCUUCUCUGUCUUCCCUGUCUUCGUCGCCAGCUGUAACGGAUACUUCGUCUUCGGUCGCCAUGUUUGUGCUUUGGAGGGCUUCCUGGGCACUGUAGCAGGUCUGGUUACAGGCUGGUCACUGGCCUUCCUGGCCUUUGAGCGCUACAUUGUCAUCUGUAAGCCCUUCGGCAACUUCCGCUUCAGCUCCAAGCACGCACUGACGGUGGUCCUGGCUACCUGGACCAUUGGUAUUGGCGUCUCCAUCCCACCCUUCUUUGGCUGGAGCCGGUUCAUCCCUGAGGGCCUGCAAUGUUCCUGCGGCCCUGACUGGUACACCGUGGGCACCAAAUACCGCAGCGAGUCCUAUACGUGGUUCCUCUUCAUCUUCUGCUUCAUUGUGCCUCUCUCCCUCAUCUGCUUCUCCUACACUCAGCUGCUGAGGGCCCUGAAAGCUGUUGCAGCUCAGCAGCAGGAGUCAGCUACGACCCAGAAGGCUGAACGGGAGGUGAGCCGCAUGGUGGUUGUGAUGGUAGGAUCCUUCUGUGUCUGCUACGUGCCCUACGCAGCCUUCGCCAUGUACAUGGUCAACAACCGUAACCAUGGGCUGGACUUACGACUUGUCACCAUUCCUUCAUUCUUCUCCAAGAGUGCUUGCAUCUACAAUCCCAUAAUCUACUGCUUCAUGAAUAAGCAGUUCCAAGCUUGCAUCAUGAAGAUGGUGUGUGGGAAGGCCAUGACAGACGAAUCCGACACAUGCAGCUCCCAGAAAACAGAAGUUUCUACUGUCUCGUCUACCCAAGUUGGCCCCAACUGAGGACCCAAUAUUGGCCUGUUUGCAACAGCUAGAAUUAAAUUUUACUUUUAAGUAAGUUUCUAUUGUCUCCGUCAGAAACCAAACUACUAAAAACACAAAAAAG